GCCCUGUGCCCUUGGGGCUGGCUCAAAAAUCUGGCCAAUGGAACCCUCUGGAGGAAGGGUUAUAUAUGAUAUUUUCAACAAUACGGUAAAGAGGGGGAAAGAGAGAGAGAGAGGGCACGAGAGGGACAGGGAAGAAGAGGACGACGGGCUGCGCCACCAUGACUGAGAGGGAGACGGAGGCGGCGAUCCGGUUCGGCAUUUUGGGAUGCGCCACCAUAGCCAAGAAGGUCUCCAGAGCUAUCCGUCUCGCUCCCAACGCCCGGCUCUUGGGAGUGGCGAGCCGUACAGUGGAGAAGGCGAGGCAGUUCGCGUCGGAGAACGGCUUCCCGGAGGAUGCCCACGUUUACGGGUCAUACGAGGAGCUUCUGCAGGACCCGGAGGUGGACGCGGUGUACAUUCCCCUCCCGACGUCUCUCCACCGGCGUUGGGUGGCGGAGGCGGUCCGGUGGGGGAAGCACGUGCUGGUGGAGAAGCCGGUGGCGCUGAACGCCGGCGAGCUGCAGGAGAUGCUGGCGAUCUGCGAGGAAAGAGGGGUGCAGUUCAUGGACGGGACGAUGUGGAUGCACCAUCCGCGGACGGCCAAGAUGCGGGAGAUCAUCUCCGAGACCUCCCUCUUUGGAAACGUCAAAUGGGUAAACAGCGCCUUUUCAUUUGCCGGCGACGACGACUUUCUUGAGAACGACAUCAGAGUGAAGCCAGAUCUUGAUGCUUUGGGUGCUCUAGGGGACGCAGGGUGGUACUGCAUCAGGUCCAUCUUAUGGGCAGCGGACUACGAACUGCCAAAGACUGUGACGGCCACUCGCGGCUCGGUUUCGAAAAAUCCGGCCGGAGUUCUUCUGUCCUGCGGGUCGUCUCUGCAGUGGGACGACGGCAGAGUGGCGACCUUUCAUUGCUCCUUCGAUGCCAAUAUGACCAUGAACUUAACUGUCACUGGAACCAGAGGAACCCUUAUUCUCCAUGACUUUAUCGUGCCUUUCGAGGAGAACUCUGCAGCGUUUUCCUUGUCAUCAAACACGGGCCUCACAGAGAUGGCGAACGGAUGGCGUCCUUUGCCUGUUGAGCAUCGUGUGCCUGCUGAUUUGCCACAAGAGGCGUGCAUGGUGAGGGAGUUUGCAAGGUUAGUCAGAAGCAUCAAGGAUUCUGGUUCGAAGCCCGACCGGGGAUGGCCUGACAUCACGAAGAAGACGCAUCUGGUGAUCGAUGCAGUUAUAGCGUCCAUUGAUAAGGGAUUUGAGACCGUGUUUCUGUGAUUUAAUGUACUAGAACAUGUGCCUUUGAUGAAUGCACAAGCCGAUCUGCGUUGCGUGUUAUCCGUUCUGUUUUAAUGAUGCUUCCAUAUUUGAUGCUUUUGUUCGCAGUUGGUGGCAAUGCUUUUGUCCAUCUCUGUAUCAUGCACUUGCUUUUCAGUAGAUGAAAUAAGAAAUUUUCUAAGCUUGCAAGGCAAA